AUGGCCAAAGCCGCUGGUGAUGAAGAAGCAAUGCCAAUUGAUGAAGAUUACAUAAGUGCCCUUGGUUAUGGUUUAGCACCCACUGGCGGCGUCGGAAUCGGCCUAGAUCGUCUUACCAUGUUUUUCACCAACACAAACAAUAUAAAAGAGGUACUUUUAUUCCCAGCUAUGCGCCCAAGUACACAAUCUCAAGCAAGCCUUCUGAUAUCUUCAGAGUUACCUUUGGAUAUUGGUUCAAAGAAUCUUUUAACGCCUCAAACUCCACACGUGCAGUUGCACGAAGAGUGUCCUUCUGAUAUGCAUCGAAACGAAGAAGUUAUACAGAAGCCUGAAGAGCAGCCAUUGGAGCAGGAUUGGCCCAUUAAGCAAAAAGAAGAGCUUACUCUCUCUCAUGGAGACCGUCCUCAUGACUACCCGCAGUUGGCACAUCCCACUAUCGAUUCAGAGAUCACGCCUAUUACUAAGAUUGAUACUGCACCUGAUCGCCACCAAGCGUGCACGGAAUCGACUCUCGACACAAUCUCGCAAGCAGUAGCUGCUUCAAUCUCUCAGACGUCUUCUGAGGGUCGGGCCACCUCAACCUCACCCCAGACUGUCCAUGUUACUAGUCUAGCUUCUAGCAAUAGCCAGAUCCAAAGUGAGGCCAAUGUUCAUGAGCCAACGCCCUCAACACCAAUCAAAUUAAAUCCCCCCUGCUCAACUAUUUCUCCUCAUGAGCACAUUACCACAAAGUCUUCUGGUGGAAAGAGAAAAAGGGGGAGAAAAUAA